AUGUCUUAUAACCAACCGAAUAGCGGUGGCAAUUCACAGCAGAAUCCUUUUGCCGACAAUCUCAUCGACUUGGACCAAGGGUCCAGUAGCGGAAAUGCUGUAGAUAACCCUUAUGGUGAAUUGAGCGGACAGACAGAGUACCAUUCCAAUUACUACAGCAAUGAGAACUAUGAUAGCAAUCAAAGCUAUGAAUACAACAACAGAAACAACGUGAAUAGUUCGAAUCGUAAUGGUAACCGAGUCACAAACGACACUCACAAUCCUUUUGACGAUGAUUUCAUCAUUUCUGACGAUGAGUACGACCAUGAUGCUACAACAGAGACUGGUAUAGGAGGUAGCUCAGCCUCAGGAUAUAGACAUGGUAGUACAGGCCGUCGUCAGGUGCCGCUUCUCAACACUGCUAAUCCAGCUUCCAAGCAGAAAAAUGGUUUUUUUGGCGCCUCCCGGAAGAACCAGGAGUAUAUCGGGAUGAAUGGGAACGAGUUUG